AUGGCUGGCUUAGAUGAAACAAUUGUCAAGCUGACCAAGGAGAAAAAAAAAGGGAGAGCUCUACAGGAGGCCCACCAACAGACCUUGGAUGAUCUUCAGGCUGAGGAGGACAAAGUAAACUCCUUGACCAAACUGAAGAUCAAACUAGAGCAGCAAAUUGAUGAUCUGCAAGGUUCCCUGGAACAAGAGAAGAAGGUCCGAAUGGACAAUGAGAGGGCAAAGAGGAAGCUUGAGGGGGACCUGAAACUUGCCCAGGACUCCAUCAUGGAUUUGGAAAAUGACAAACAACAAAUGGAUGAAAAAAACUGAAAAAAAAGGACUUUGAGAUCAGCCAGCUGUUGAGCAGAAUAGAGGACGAACAAGUGAUGGGGAACCAGUUACAGAAGAAAAUAAAAGAGCUUCAGGCUCGAAUUGAGGAGGUGGAAGAGGAGAUAGAAUCAGAGAAAGCGACCCGUGCCAAGGCGGAGAAGCAGAGGUCUGAGUUGUCAAGGGAGCUGGAGGAGAUCAGUGAGAGGCUGGAGGAAGCUGGAGGAGUCACAGCCACACAGAUUGAGCUCAAUAAGAAGAGGGAGACAGAUUUUCAGAAGAUGCGCCGGGACCUGGAGGAGAUGUCUCUACAGCAUGACGCCAUGGUGGCGGCUUUACGCAAAAAGCAAGCAGAUAGCGCUGCUGAGUUCGGGGAACAGAUCGACAACCUGCAGAGGGUAAAGCAGAAGCUGGAGAAGGAGAAGAGUGAGAUGAGGAUGGAGAAUGAUGACAUCAAUGGCAACCUAGAGAAUGUCACCAAAUCCAAGGCCAACUUGGAGAAGAUGUGUCGUACUCUGGAGGACCAUCUCAGCGAAUUCAAGUCUAAGGCAGAGGAGAACCAACGGACCGUGGCAGAACUGACCAUGCAGAGAGCUCGCCUGCAGACUGAGUCUGGGGAGAUUGCUCGUCAGUUGGAGGAGAGGGAGGCUCUUGUCUCACAACUUUCCAGAUCCAAACAAGCCUUCACCCAGCAGAUUGAAGAGCUGAAGAGGAUGAUGGAGGAGGAGGUGAAGGCAAAGAAUGCUUUGGCUCACAGCUUGCAGUCCUCACGCCAUGACUGUGACCUUCUCAGGGAGCAGUAUGAGGAGGAGCAGGAGGCCAAGGCAGAACUACAGCGAUCGUUAUCCAAGGCCAAUGGUGAAGUGGCUCAAUGGAGGACUAAAUAUGAAACAGACGCCAUUCAGCGCACAGAGGAGCUGGAAGAUGCCAAAAAGAAGCUGGCCCAGCGCCUUCAAGAAGCUGAGGAACAUAUUGAGGCAGUAAAUUCAAAGUGUGCCUCUCUAGAGAAGACGAAACAAAGGCUGCAAGCGGAGGUAGAGGACUUGAUGAUUGACGUGGAGAGGGCUAAUUCACUGGCAGCUGCUCUGGACAAGAAACAAAAGAACUUUGACAAGAUCCUGGUUGAGUGGCGGCAGAAGUAUGAGGAGUCACAGUCUGAGCUUGAGUCUGCCCUGAAAGAAUCAAGAUCUCUGAGCACUGAGCUGUUCAAGAUGAAGAAUUCCUACGAGGAAACUUUAGACCAAUUGGAGACCAUUAAGCGGGAGAACAAGAACCUCCAACAGGAGAUCACAGACUUGACAGAACAAGUGGCCACCAGCGGGAAGACUAUCCAUGAGCUGGAGAAAGCCAAAAAGCAGGUGGAGAUGGAGAAAAGUGAAAUGCAAGCAUCUCUGGAAGAAGCUGAGGCAACACUGGAGCAUGAGGAGGCCAAGAUCCUUCGUAUCCAGCUGGAACUGACACAAGUGAAAGCUGACAUUGACAGAAAGAUCGCUGAGAAAGAUGAAGAGAUUGACCAGCUGAAGAGGAACCACCAGAGAUCAAUGGAAACCAUGCAGACAGCCUUGGACUCUGAGAUAAGAAGCAGGAAUGAGGCAAUCCGAAUCAAAAAGAAGAUGGAAGGUGACCUUAAUGAAAUGGAGAUACAACUGAGCCACUCCAACCGCAUUGCUGCAGAAGCUCAGAAAUACUUGCGCAAUGUCCAAGGACAACUUAAGGAUACUCAAAUCCACCUCGAUGAUGCUCUCCGUGGACAGGAAGAUCUGAAGGAGCAGCUCGCCAUAGUUGAACGUAGAAAUAACUUGAUGGUGGCAGAAAUCGAGGAGUUGAGAGCAGCUCUAGAACAGACCGAGAGGUCCAGGAAGAUAGCGGAACAAGAGCUUCUAGAUGCCACUGAACGUGUCCAAUUGCUGCAUUCUCAGAACACAAGUCUUAUCAACACCAAGAAGAAACUGGAGAGUGAUGUGUCACAGCUUCAAGGAGAGAUUGAGGACACCACCAAGGAGGCUCGCAAUGCUGAGGAAAAGGCCAAGAAGGCCAUUACUGAUGCUGCUAUGAUGGCAGAAGAGCUGAAGAAAGAGCAAGAUACCAGCUCUCACCUGGAAAGGAUGAAGAAGAACUUGGAUCAGACUGUGAAGGACCUUCAGCUUCGUCUAGAAGAAGCUGAGCAGUUGGCACUUAAAGGAGGGAAAAAGCAGCUCCAGAAAUUGGAGGCCAGAGUGAGGGAACUGGAGACAGAGCUGGAUCUGGAGCAGAAGAGGAGUGCUGAUGUUAUUAAAGGUAUUCGUAAAUAUGAGAGGCGUGUCAAAGAGCUAUCGUUUCAGGCUGAAGAGGACAGAAAGAAUAAUCUCAGACUUCAAGAUCUGGUGGACAAACUGCAGAUGAAAGUGAAAUCCUACAAGAGGCAGACUGAGGAGGCGGAGGAACACUCUAACACCAACUUAUCGAAGUGUCGCCGCGUCCAACAUGAACUGGAGGAGGCAGAAGAAAGAGCGGAUAUUGCUGAAUCACAGGUUAAUAAGCUACGACUGAAGACUCGGGAGACCAUCACCACCAAGUUGGUUGUGUCCAGCGUAGAAUAA